CCCGGCCCCCUCCUCCGAACGCCGCGCGGCUGCCGUACGUGCGCCGGCCGGUGACGGACGGCAGCUGCUACGUGUCAUCCAUACACCGCAGUAUACACUCAUCGGAGGAGGAAUAUAUAUAUCGAUACCAUACAGUACAUACACGUAGCGUAAUUAAUUAUAGUAGGCAGCAAGCAUGGAUCGAUCGGACAUGGUGGACAACAUCGUCGGCGACCGGGUGACGACGAACAAGCUGCGCAUCGAGGUCGACGACUCCUCGUCGUCGGACGACGGCGACAGGGAGGAGCAACACGAAGCACAGCAUGUGGCCGCAGCGAGGGAGGCGCCCCUGCAUUUUCCCCUGCCCCUGACAGCCAGAAGGCGGCUUCUGUCGAAGCAGCUGUCCAUGAAGGAGACCACCAGGGAGGCCAAGUGGGAGAAGCGCCGGCGGCAGAUACUGCGGCGCAGAGGCUUGGUCUCGGUCGUCGUGAGCAGGGAGCAGCAGGAGGGGGACGACGACGGCGGCGGCGGAGGGCGCAACAAGAAGAGCGCCGUCGACGGACGGCCUCAUGUCGUGAGGUCGUCGUCGGAGCGCGCAAUGAGGUGCCUCACCGACGAGGACCUGGACGAGCUGCGGGGCUCCUUCGAGCUCGGGUUCGGCUUCGACGUGGAGACCGGCGGCGCCCACCUCCGCAACACGCUCCCCGCCCUCGACUUCUACUUCGCCGUCAACCGGCAGCUGUCAGACCCCAAGCUGCGCUCGGCGAGCCCCAAGUCGACGCUGUCGCCCGUGUCAUCGUCCUCCACGCUCCCCGACACCCCGAGCCCACGCAGCCCCAACGAUGCCCCGGCCGCCUCUGGGGCCGAUCCAUGGAAGAUCUUCAGUCCAGGCGACAACCCUCAGCUUGUCAAGACGAGGCUGAGGCACUGGGCGCAGGUGGUGGCCUGCGCCAUCAAGCACGGCUGCUGAGACUCAGAGACGAUUCACUGGUAUUUCAUCGUCUGAUUGGUAAUCCUGUUCAGUCAACGGAUCAUGCCCUGCCGGCCUGCCGUCGUUGCAUUCUGUUGUAUAGGUGCUUGAUGUAAACGCGGUCAUCAUGUUGUUGUCUACUCCCUCCGUACUAAAUUAUUAGUUGUUUUGGUUUUUCUUGAUACAUCAAUUUUACUAUGCAUCUAGAUAGAUAUCAUGUCUAGGCGCAAAGCAAAAUUAAUAUAUCUAGAAAAGUUAAAAU